CACUUCCUAUGACAUCAUACCUGCCAGGAGCAACUCCAUUCUAGUCACUACCGUGUCGUCAGGGCUGCACCUGGUAAAGCGGCUUCGGUGGAAGCAGAAUAAUUCGUUGUGUGGUAUAAGAUUCACCGAGAGUGACGUCAGUGGUACACGAAGGGAUCCGGACUGGACAGUAGGAGUACUUAUUACAUAAAGCAAUAACAUGGACCCAUUAAGAGCCCAGCAAUUGGCAGCAGAACUUGAAGUAGAAAUGAUGGCAGAUAUGUACAACCGAAUGACUGGUGCUUGUCACAAAAAGUGUGUCCCCCCUCACUACAAGGAACCAGAGUUGUCCAAGGGAGAGAGUGUAUGCCUCGACCGCUGUGUCUCUAAAUAUCUUGAUAUCCAUGAACGAAUGGGCAAGAAACUUACAGAACUUUCAAUGCAAGAUGAAGAGUUGAUGAGGAAGAUACAGCAGGGUGUGGGACCUGCAUAGUAGCUUUUGACAUAGUUCACAAGUCUGCUUUGUGUAUGUUUAACUGUUCUAGUCUUUUCUAGUUGUACACAUUGUACAAUGUAUUUUAUUUUGCAUUCAUUUGUUGGUUUCAGGUACAGCAUUAGAAAACAAUAAAAUGUUCCUGUAACAUUAA